AUGGCUAGAAACAGAAAGUGGUGGAUGGCAUGGAAGUCCAAUUUAAUAAAGAUAAUUGCAGGUUUUCUUGAAUCAUUAUGGAGGGACAUAGACAUGAACAGGCUUCGCCAUGACCCUUGCCAUGACCUCAAUCUUAUAAUAAUAUCACACGGAUUAACGUCACACGUCUUCCUAAUAAAGUGGUUCAAGUGGACGGUUGAGCAAUUCGAGCACCUAAACAAUCUUGGAAAUUGCGAAUUUCGAGUGAUGCAAUUAGCAAAGGGCGGAGAAUACAGCAUAGCAAUCCAUCACAGUGAGGAAGAACUGGUAGAAUGGGGUCUCUCCCCUGAAAUGAUAGCUGACCAAAAGUGGCGAGCCUAUGCCAACAGGGGUGAUUGGAAUGAGCGUUGCCCCUGGUACCUUGAUGCUUUUUUGGACCGUCUAGCUGACUCGGAAGACAGCGGAGAAAGUGAAGACAUUUGGCAUGAAACUGAUGAAAAGAUUCAGCAAUCAAAUUGA